AUGAGUGGAAUUGUUGCUGGACUUGUUGAUUUCUGGAUUUUGGUUGGGGGCUUGGAGCAGGACUCUGUCUGGUUUCGGUUAGAACUGGUCGGGAAGCCUCCUGGUUUUUACUGGGUGGAGUCUGUGGGAGGAGCUAUGGAGAGUAUUAAAGAGGUUUUAAGGAAGUUUAAACUAUCUGAGGAAGAGAGGGAAGGAGUUCGAUUGGAUGAGGAGGAGGUGGCUAAAGGUUUUCUGGAGUGUAAACAGAGUUUGAUUGGUAAGGUGUGGGGAGAGAAAUUGGCUAAUAUUGGGGGGAUUAAGAGUUUUGCUAACAAUAUGUGGCCUCAGGUGAAGCAUCCAAAGGUAGUUGAGAUUGGCCGAAACCUGUUCCAAUUCAUUUUCGAGAAGGAGAAGGAGAUAGAGAUGGUGCUAAGCAGGAGGCCAUGGAUUUAUGAUGGCCAACCUUUAAUAUUGUUGCGAUGGGAGGCUGGUCUAGAGGAGGAUGAGAAAGCUCUGAGUAGGACUCUUAUUUGGGUUCAGAUCUGGAACUUACCUUUGCAUUGGGUGACGAAGGAGGUUGGUAGGAAGAUAGGGAGUAUAUUCUCACGUGUGGAAGAGGUGAUUAUACCGCAGAAUGGAAGGAGGGAUGGCAAGCAUAUGAAAAUUUUGGUGGAGAUGGAUUUGUCUAUUCCACUCCCUAGGGGAACAAUGGUUAACAGUAAUGGUGGGAAGAGAUGGAUAGAAUUUAAAUACGAAAAAUGUCCAGAUUUCUGUUUUGGUUGUGGGUUGAUUGGUCAUAGUGAAAGGAAUUGUAAUAAGAGGGGAAUGAACUUGGGAGGGGAACCACAGUUUGGGAAUUGGCUAAGAGCAAGCUAUCCUAGAAGUCCUACUCGAAAGAAUAGGAGUGGAGAUGAGUCCGGGAAUAGGGAUGAUGGGAAGAGCCAUUUUCAAGAUCAUAAGGGUGGAGGGAGUGAGGGGCAUAAAUUGCUCUUAACAUAUACUGAAGAGUUUCAUAAGCAGGUGGACCCAAAACAGUCUACUCUGGGGAAGUUGCUGGGGGACAGUAAUAAGAGUAGGGAGGAGGAGAAAAGGGUAGUGGUAAAGAGGGGAGUUGAAGUGGGUGCAGAAGAGAUAAGGGAGAGGAGACAGGGUAAGGGAGGGAUGGAGGAGGUAAGGAAUAGGGAGUUGGGGAUUGGCCAAGUGGAUGGUAUAGACAAGGUAGGGAGUGAGAAAAAGACUAGUGUAGUUAGUAAAGAAGGAAGGGAUGGGGAGACAGUAUCGGGGGAAGAGGAAGGUGUGGGGAGUAAGGGUAGGCAGAAGAGUAAGAGUAUUGGGAAGUAUAGGGGUGGCAAGAGCUGGAGAAGGUUGGUGCUGGAGGUUAGUAGGAGGAAACCUUUGAGUGAGAUUGGGGCUGAUUUCAAUGAGGGUGUGAAGGGGAAGAGAAAGGUGGAGGGGGGAGAUGGAAGAGGGGGGUUGGCGGUGCUGUGGAAACAGGAAUUAAGGGUGAAAAAGGUGCUGUUUACUAGUUUUACUAUAGAGUUGCUAAUAGAGGAUGAGGAAACUAGAGUCAAUUGGUGGUGUAUUUGUGUUUAUGCCAGCACCGAUGUAGGGAUUAGGAGAGAACAAUGGGAGGUAGUGACUAGAAAAAGUGUUUUGUGGGGAGAGUAUUGGGCUGUAAUAGGGGACUUCAAUGACAUUACAUCGAAUGAUGAGAAGUGGGGAGGUAUUAAGAGAGCUGAGAUAAGGUUCCAGGAUUUCACUUCUUUCAUAAAUAAGAAUGAGCUAGUAGACAUUGGGUUUGAAGGAGUUCCUUGGACCUGGUGUAACAACUGGGGAAAUGGGGGAGAGAUGAAAGAAAGAUUAGACAGAAUUAUGGGCACUAGAGGCUGGGUUGGGAAAUUUGACAAGGCGAAAUGCUUGCAUAUAGAAACUGAGGCUUCUGACCAUUGUAUGCUGCUCCUGGAUAUAAGGCCUGGGGAGAGGAAAUGGAAACGAAGGUUUAUGUUUGACAGGAGGUGGCUAUUGCAGGAGGAUAUAAGGGAGGUUGUUGGGAAAGCCUGGGGUGAGGAACAACAGGGAUCCAGAUUGUAUAAGGUUAAAUGUAAGAUUAAGAGAGUGAGGAUGGAUAUGCUAAACUGGAGUAAAGGGAGUCGUCGGAACUCAAAGAAACUGAUUGAGCAGAUUAAGAGGGAGAUAAAAGAGGUGAAGGAAAUCAUGCCUAGCGGUUACAGGAUCAAGCUAGUUGGGCUUAAAAGGAGGCUGACUGAUGCUUAUAAAAAGGAAGAGUUAUACUGGAGUCAGAAGGCAAGGGUAAAAUGGUUAAAGGAAGGGGAUAGGAACACUAGUUUCUUUCAUGCAAUUGUUGCUGGUAGAAGAAAGCAGAAUAGAAUUAGUGUGUUGCAGAAAAGGAGUGAGGAAUGGUGUGAGAAUGUGGAAGAGUCGAGUAAGGAGAUUAUAGAUUACUUUCAGGAAAUUUUCACCACAGAAAAUCCAGUGGAUUUUGUAGAAAUUCUACAGGGUGUGCCACAGACAAUCACCUCAGAUAUGAACAGGAGGUUGACCAGGCCGAUUACAGAGCAAGAAAUCAGACAGGCUGUCUUCUCUAUGCAACCAAACAAGUCCCCAGGGCCAGAUGGUAUGCCUCCUUACUUUUUCCAAAAAUUCUGGCAAACUGUAAAAUCUGAUAUAGUGAAUGCUGUUCAAAGUUUUUUCCAUUCUGGUUACCUUCUAAAGUCCAUUAAUGAGACUCUUAUAAGCCUCAUUCCAAAAACUGAGUCUCCCAUUUCUAUUACUGAGUAUAGACCUAUCAGUUUGUGUAAUGUCCUCUAUAAGAUCAUAUCUAAGGUGUUGACUAGCAGGUUCAAGAGUGUACUGAAUGUCUGCAUUAGUGAGUCCCAGUCUGCCUUUGUUCCUGACAGACAGAUUCUAGACAAUGUCUUGAUUGCUCAUGAAUGUGUCCAUUUUUAA